CAAAGAAAAUGACCUUUCAGUUGGAAGUCUGGAGCAAAACGGAGGAUGUUGUUCAGACUUUACUGCAGCUGCACAGAGCUUCUUGUUUGGAAAAACUUGGAGAUCAGACUGCAAUGAUUGCUGCUAAUCUGCAGUCACGUCUGGCAAGAUCCUCAUUUGACAAGAACUGCUUUCAGAGUGUUGCAGAGAAGCCUCACAUGGAGUGCACGGUGGAGAUGGUCACGCCUCUGGUGUCCAAUCCCGGCCACGUCUGCAUCACCGACGAAAGCCUCUACUUCCAGCCUCUCAAUGGAUAUCCGGAGCAGGUGAUUCAGAUCAGACUGCAGCGAGUACGGAGAAUCUACAAAAGACGGCACGGACUCAAACCAUUGGGUUUGGAGGUUUUCUGCACAGAGAACGACCUCUGCUCAGACAUCUAUCUGAAGUUCUACAACACAGCAGACAGAGAUGAAAUCUACUACUACAUGGCUACCUUCCUGGAGAACCACAUCACAGAACACACUGCAGAGAGCUACAUGCUGCAGUGGCAGCGCGGUCACCUCAGUAACUACCAGUACCUCCUCCACCUCAACAACCUGGCUGAUCGCAGCUGCAACGACCUCUCCCAGUACCCCGUCUUCCCCUGGGUGAUCGCCGACUACUGCAGCUCACAGCUAGACUUGACAAACGCCGCCACAUUCAGAGACCUGAGCAAACCAGUGGGCGCCCUGAACAAAGAGCGACUGGACCGACUGCUGGCUCGCUACAGCGGCAUGCCGGAGCCUCGCUUCAUCUACGGGAGCCACUACUCGUCUCCAGGUUACGUCCUCUUCUACCUGGUCAGAGUCGCUCCAGAGCACAUGCUGUGCCUCCAGAACGGCCGCUACGACCAUCCGGACCGCAUGUUCAACAGCAUCGCUGAAACAUGGAAGAACUGUUUAGAAGGAGCAACAGAUUUCAAAGAGCUGAUUCCAGAGUUUUACGGAAGUGACUCCAGCUUCCUGGAAAAUCGUCUGAAUCUUGAUUUGGGCAAACGACAGAAUGGA